UGACGAUCCACAGACCUGCAAACGCGUAAAGCGGAAGUUGCUCAUCACAAGAAUAAGAAUCAAAAAAACCAAAACUCUCAAGACUAUCUUAUGGCAUCCACCAAAUCAGCAAUCCCACUUUUCAUAUUCCUCGCCAUUCUCCUCCUUCUACUGCCCUGUGCAGCAGUACAAUAUAUCUGGUAUCGGCGAUUGCGGAGGCGGCAGAUACAGGGGAAGUCCAGAUUCGAAACCACCGACUUCUCAACAUCAAUCGAACUCCAAAACAUGCGUCCACCGCCUCCAGCCGUUCCUGCCUUGCCAGCACGAUCGACAACACGCGCGAGACCAUUGCCACUGGUCUUCCGUGGAGUGGAUGGGAAGUUUAUCGUUGGAGCAACCGGCACAGCUCAGCCGGCAAUGACCGCUGGUGACGAGGGUCAAACGGUCGCAACCAGUGACAAGCAAAGUCGAAAGUCGAAGAGCGGGACCAGUAAAAGCAAGGUUCAAACAACAAUAACAAAUGAAGGCCAUGUCCGGACAACGAUAACAUAUAACGGCCAGGUCGUGGUGCAGAAGACGACCACAAACGAAGAAGCCUCGGCUCGAGACGUGCCCACCAGUGUCAAGAGUGGUCCUCAAGACUCGGUGCAACCAGUUGGUCUGCAGCACGCGAGCUUUGCAGAAGCCAAGCCAUUCUUCCUCCAACCUGCACCUGCGCCGAAGAGAAAGCAGAAGACCUCGACCACAGUGCUUGACGUGCCGAAACAGAAACCAUCACUUGAAGCUGCGCCGCGGGUGAAGAGUCAUGUGGCCAAACCUGAAGAGGCGGUCUUUUUUGAGCCUGAGGAUGGUGAUGUUGGAUAUGAUACUGAGGCACAGGUACCCAGAGGUUGGAUCUGAGGUUGGAGAGUGUUGAUAUCGUGGCCUGUCGCCACAAUAGUGGUCGUCAAAGUUGUCCGACUUGACUGAACAUUGAC